AUGAAUUGUUUUAGCUUUACCCAGCACAGUUAUAAUGACAGUAAAACCAGCCUUACAAUUGUUGCAACUAAUAUUGCUGCUGAUAACAAAAGUGCGCUGGUAAAAGUGCCUUGUACUACCUUUCUCAUCUGGCUCUCAUUCCAAACUGUCAGAUUCCAGCGAGGAGAUUAUCAUAUUGAUGUCUGCAUCAAUGACUAUUUGGAUGUAUUCUGUCCUCAUUAUGAGGAUUCGGUGCCAGAAGAUAAGACUGAACGGUAUAUACUUUACAUGGUGAACUUUGAUGGCUACAGCUCCUGUGAUCAUACCUCCAAAGGAUUCAAGAGAUGGGAGUGCAACCGGCCUCAUUCUCCCAAUGGACCAUUGAAGUUCUCAGAAAAAUUCCAACUCUUCACUCCCUUCUCAUUAGGAUUUGAAUUCAGGCCAGGACGGGAAUAUUUCUACAUCUCAUCUGCAAUCCCUGAUAAUGGAAGGAGAGCCUGUUUAAAGCUGAAAGUCUAUGUACGGCCUGCAAACAACUGUAUGAAAACUAUAGGUGUUCAUGAUCGUGUUUUCGAUGUUAACGACAAAGUAGAAAAUUCAUUAGAACCAGCAGAUGAUACUGUACAUGAAUCGGCUGAACCAUCCCGUGGUGAGAAUGCAGCUCAGACCUUAAGGAUAUCCAGUCAGCCUUUCACAACUCUACUGUUCCUUCUAGCAAUGCUUUUGACGUUAUAGCACAUAUUCUAGCAAGCUGCCACAGUCAACUUCAGGAUCCUGGAACAUCAAAGAUCCACUUAACUGCUCAUCCCAGCAACGGGACUUUGUAUUGGUUUGCAGAUGUUGGUUUGUUCUCCUUCCCCAGUCUUCUCCCUUUCUC